GCUUCCCGGAAGUGGCGGCGCGGCCGGCGGCGGCUGGGGCUUCCGUUGCUUUCUAGGCUGCGGGCCAGUCCGGCCGGGUUGGCGGACGCAAUGAGCUGCUUCGAGGGGCAGAUGGCCGAGUAUCCAACCAUCUCCAUAGACCGCUUCGACCGGGAGAACCUGAGGGCCCGCGCCUACUUCCUGUCCCACUGCCACAAAGAUCACAUGAAAGGAUUAAGAGCCCCUACCUUGAAAAGAAGGUUGGAGUGCAGAUGAGGAAACUGAGGAACCAGAAGGGUUAAAUUAGUUGCCCAAGGUCACGCAGCCAGUAAGUGGCAGGACCAGGAUUCCCACCAGCUUGAAGGUGUACUUAUACUGUUCGCCUGUUACUAAAGAGCUGUUGUUAACGAGCCCGAGGUACAGAUUUUGGGAGAAACGAAUUAUAUCCAUUGAAAUUGAAACUCCUACCCAGAUAUCUUUAGUCGAUGAAGCGUCAGGCGAGAAGGAAGAGAUUGUUGUGACUCUCUUACCAGCUGGUCAUUGCCCAGGAUCAGUUAUGUUUUUAUUUCAGGGCAACAAUGGGACCGUCUUGUACACGGGAGACUUCAGAUUGGCAAAAGGAGAAGCUGCCCGAAUGGAGCUUCUGCACUCCGGGGGCAGAGUGAAAGACAUCCAGAGUGUGUACUUAGACACGACUUUCUGCGAUCCGAAAUAUUACCAAAUUCCUAGUCGGGAGGAGUGUCUGCAUGGGAUCCUGGAGCUGGUUCGCAGCUGGAUCACGCGGAGUCCAUACCACGUAGUGUGGCUGAGCUGCAAGGCUGCCUACGGGUACGAGUAUCUCUUCACCAACCUCAGCGAGGAGUUCGGAGUCCAGGUUCACGUGAAUAAACUAGACAUGUUUCGAAACAUGCCUGACAUUCUUCAUCAUCUCACAACAGACCGUGACACUCAGAUCCAUGCGUGUCGGCAUCCAAAGGCAGAGGAAUAUUUUCAGUGGAAUAAGUUACCCUGUGGCGUUACCUCCAAAAAUAGAAUUCCACUCCACACAAUCAGCAUUAAGCCAUCCACUAUGUGGUUUGGAGAAAGAGCCAGAAAAACCAAUGUCAUAGUGAGGACUGGAGAGAGUUCGUACAGAGCCUGCUUUUCUUUUCACUCCUCCUACAGUGAGAUUAAAGAUUUCUUGAGCUACAUCUAUCCUGUGAAUGUAUAUCCAAAUGUCAUUCCGCUAGGCACAACUAUGGGUAAAGUUCAAGAAAUCUUAAAGCCUUUAUGCCGAUCUUCCCAAAGUACUGAGCCAAAGUAUAAACCACUUGGAAAAUUGAAGAGAGCAAGGACAAUCCACCUAGACUCAGAGGAGGACGAUGACAGUGACCUCUUUGAUGAUCCUCUGCCAGUACCUUUAAGGCACAAGAUUCCAAACCAGCAAACUCUUCACCCUGAGGUAUUUCCCACAACUGCGAUAUCACAAAACCAGCCUGAAAAACAGACAGAAAGCACAGGAUGCUUCAGAGCGGAGAGUACGCCGACUUCUCUCUGGGCAGACUUCAUAGAUUGUGCGGAAUCCAACAGCGAAAGUGAAGAAUCAGAAAUCCCAGCUUCGGCUCAAGGAGACAUGGGUCCUGUCCCACAGCUCCAGAAGGCUGACGGGGAAGUACCACAGUGGGAAGUGUUCUUUAAAAGAAGUGCUGACCUCACUGAUGACUGUUUGGAAAACCUCCCGUCCUCCACAGAGGCAGGGGGCUCUCAGUCUCCGAAGCUUUUCAGUGACUCCUCUGAUGGGGAAUCAACUCACAUCUCUUCCCAGACGUCUUCCCAGUCAACACACAUAUCAGAACAAGGAAGUCAAGGCUGGGACAGCCAGUCUGACACUGUUCUGUUAUCUUCCCAAGAGAGAAAUGGGGGUAUGACCUCCUCGAGCAGACGCGUCUACAGGCCAGGAAUCAACGACAAUACUCUUGCCCCUCAGAUGGAACAAAAUGUACUUUGCCCAAAGGACACAUACUCUGAUUUGAAAAGCAGAGAUCAAGAUGUAAGUAUAGGUUCUAGUGCUGGAGAAACAACUGCUCUAAGCAGUGGGAAGCACGUGCCUCAGGAGAAAAGGCCGCUAACUCUUAGCAGCAGCACAGAUUCACAAAGCUCCUCUGAUUUUGAAAUUCCCGCCACUCCAGAAGCCGAGCUACCUACACGAGAACAUUUACAAUAUUUCUAUGAGAAGCUGGCAACAGGGGAGAGGAUAGUAGUUGAAAAAAGAAAAAGCUCACUUCAUUCUAGAGCAACCACUAAAAAACCUAUACCAAGAGAUAACAGUCAAAAUCCUAAUAGAUAAAUUAAAAUGGAAUACUUAAAAAUGUUCCUAUAACCUAAAAGGUGGCAGUAAAGGGGAAACGGAGGACCAAAAAAUAGAGGGAAAACACAGGAAACAAGAUAUGGGAGAACUAAAUCCAAACCUAUCAAUAAUUACAUCAAAACAGGAAAAACCAUAAACCAACUAUAUACUGUCUAUAGGAAGCUGACUUCAAAAGACUUGGGUAGGUUUGCCAGUGAAAGGAUGGAAACCUUUACCAUGUAAACAUUACUUAAAAGAAAGAUGGAGUGGCUAUGUUACUAGUGAUAAAGCAUCCAGUUCACUGAGACAGAAGCCUAAAAGUACCGUACAACUUUGGAAUAUACAAAGCAAAAACAACUGAAAGGAGAAAGACACACUAAUGCACAAUUACAGCUGUAACAAUUAGUCUACAGAAUAUCAGCAAGGAUACAGAAGAACUGAACAGCACCGUCAACCAACUGGAUUUAACUGACACUAAGGACACUUCACUUCAUCCAACAGCAGAAGACACGCUUCUCAAGUUUACAAAGGACAACGUUCACCAAGACAGACCAUAUCCUGGGUUGUAAAAAUGCUUCAGAUUUAAAGAAUAAACUUGGAUCUAUUACCAUAAACUGAUGGCGAUAGAAGAAAGUCAGCCCCUUACCUAUCUCAGGUGUUCCAUCACUUAAGAGUAUAGAUGUGAAUACAGUGGUAAAAUCAAAACCUAAAAGAAAAUACUUACUUAAAAGGCAUUCAGCUUCCUUAAAGUCCAUCGAUAGGUUGUUUUUGCAUAGUUAUGUAUGUGGAUUUAAUAAAGUUAUUAGCAAAUAUUCAUAAACCCUUUGGUUUGCUGAUAUUUCAUAGAUUAAGAAAGCAAAAGCAGAGAUUUCACUUCAAACAAGUUUAAGCAGUCUCUAAAAAACAAUUUUCGGAUCAAUUAAACAAUGAAAUGCAGUAUCACCAUGCUGCAUUGUAAUUAAACCAAAAAUCAGUACUGGAGCCACAAAACUAAUUAAGGUUGCAAGACUUAGAGUCAGCGGGAAAGGAAGAUAAACUGGGUGUUCAGGGGAACCAAUGUCAAGUGGACCCAGGAAGCCAGCCCUCUCACUUGUCCAGAAGGGAGUUUUCCAUUCCCAAAUGUUGGCAGAAGGAUAAAUUAGCCCUUGCCCAUUGACAUGGGAGAAAAACUGGACAGUGGCGACUACACUUCAAAUUUCGGCUAAGAAACUGGCACCAGAGAGGGGUGAGGGGAAGGAACCGACACGAUUAUUAAGGGUC